CUGAUUUUAGCGACCUUUACUGUGCUGUGUUAUAACGUUCUCUGCGAUAAGUACGCGACGUAUUCUCAGUAUUCGUACUGCCCUUCCUGGGCCCUGAGAUGGGAAUAUCGCAAGAAUUCCAUCUUGAACGAAAUCAAGCACUACGACGCUGACGUGAUUACCCUUCAGGAAGUGGAAACCGAACAGUUUCACUUAUUUUUCCUGCCGGAAAUGAUUAAACUCGGAUACUACGGUAUUUUUUCGCCGAAAUCGCGAGCUAAAACGAUGUCGGAGGAUGAAAGAAAAUUCGUUGAUGGCUGCGCGAUUUUCUACAAAACUGUAAAGUGA